AGCGUACCAAGGCAGCAGUUUUCUACCGUUACACACCCACAUUACUUUUGUGUCAACCACUUCGCGGGAGUUGUCGCCUCUGAAGCAGUCAUCUUUUUAAAACUAGACUCACUGCGUACGGUGGACCAGAAGGGCAACCAUGUCUGACAGAAAGGCAGUGAUCAAAAAUGCCGACAUGUCGGAGGACAUGCAGCAGGACGCCGUGGAGUGUGCCACACAGGCCCUGGAGAAGUACAACAUCGAGAAAGACAUCGCUGCAUACAUUAAAAAGGAGUUCGACAAGAAAUACAACCCGACUUGGCACUGCAUUGUUGGGAGGAACUUCGGCAGCUACGUGACUCACGAGACCAAGCAUUUCAUUUACUUCUACUUGGGUCAGGUGGCCAUUCUGCUGUUCAAGUCUGGCUGAGGAAGGAGUUUUUGGUUUGUUUUUUUUUACCAAAAAAAAACCUCACUUGACCGUACAGUACUGGCGGACUCAACAGAAGGCACUUAUCAUUCCUUGGCAAGGGGCCUUUUUCCGUGCUGCUUUCUACCCGUUGUUUUGAGGAUAAUACUCGUGGCCAUGCUAAAGAGAUCAAAUUCUUGUAUUUAUUUUUGUCUUGUUACAUUAGACGUGUCAUUUUUUUAAUUAAAAACAUAGCCCUUAAGCUGUCUGAGCUCAA